CACUCGGAUUGGGCCUUCUCACCGCAGUCCUCCUCGGCUACUCGGAUGGGCAGAAAGUGGCGGUAUGGAAACGUUGAAAAGAUCGUCACUCACCGUUUCGAGGGGACAUCACUCCAAAAUGGGACCGUACGUCGUUGUAGUGGAACAUUUCGAACCAUGCCCACCCAAGUUCCUUGAUCGACCAUUUCCGAUAACAGUCAGCGUCAAAAGAUACCGCCAUAAACCCCAAGAGAAAUAUUUCAACUGCAACUUCACCACGAGUUUGACUUUCGACGACAACGUAAACAGCGCCGUCGUGUUCGAUUCGUGGAGCUCCCGCGGCGGUUGGAAGGACAACGCCCUGGAGAUGAAGUUCAAUCGUCUCUGCUCGUCUAUGAACGCGUACCUCCCAGACGUGUGGCAGCAUCUUCGUGGCCAUGUCUACGGGCCCAGCGGUCUCGUUACGGCCUGUCCCUUGCCACCGGACACAUACAGCAUUAACAACCUAACGACGCGCUACGCUUCCACGCUCAUCCCAGCCUUGUACUACGGAAAGUGGCGAGUCAACCUCAGAGCCUUCCUCAAAGAACAGUGCUUCAUGUGCAUUCGUGCAAUUGUGCGCGUUGAUCCCAAAGGCAAAGCAUAGGCAAAACAAAUGAACCAUGUUUUAGUUAUCUUGUACGAAGGCAUUGUCUUUUGUUCGUUCCUCUGUCUGUACACGCUAAGGGGCGUUCCUCAUCAGACUGUCAGGGUCCGAAAUGUACUUGCUCUCAACGGGCUCCCAACUUUUUCUAACUUAGCCUACAGGGUGAGUUUUCUCAAUGUGUCAAUAAUUUGUAGGUAG